GAGGAGGUUGCUUCAUCAGCUUGGGCUAUGUCAUGCAUGCUGCCGAGGGAACUGUCUUUAAGGGGUUGAGUUUUUUUUUUUAUAAAGAGAUGGUAUGUUCACUCCUUCACGCUUAUUAAAGUUAUACGAGGUUGCUCGACUACGUAUAAUCUUCUAUGACUGCUACCUAUGUGAAGGAGUUACUCGGCUGGAUGACUGGCAAAAGAGAGAAAUGAAGCCAUGAAGGAGAAAGGAGGGCCAAGUUUUUUAUCUUUGCAAUAUUUGCAUCAUCUCACUGAGAUUAAUGCGUCGUUGAUCAACCCUCUUUCAUUCUUUACUGUUAUCAUUAUCAUUACUGCCUUGACUAUGUUUUGAUCAUACUCACCAUUACUAUCCACCACUACUGGAAAAGGAGACAGAUGCGGAACCAUGCUGUGGUUCAUUAAGCGGCGAGACCCAGCUCUUGCAGACGUCUCCGAUGAAGCCCUUCGGCAGCUCACGAAGCUGCUUUACAUGGAUACCGCCGACUAUUUUGGUCACCGAGCUACAGACUGGCUCGCUAAACAAGAGCAACAAAUCGAGGAGCUCGACGUUAAGCUGCUGCGUCCAAGAAACCUAUUAGCGCGCCUCACUCUCGGCUUGUGUGGGCACAGAUUACCACUUUACCCAGAGGAACCGAGGCUAUGCACGGCACAUAAAGCUCUAGACUCGAGAAUCAUCCGAUGUAUACUGCAGUUGGUUGUGGACGAGUGUACGAUACAGACGAAUCGGUAUCGCAGCCUACGACUCAAAAAGAUGCUGAAACCUUCACUGGAGGAUUGGAUGAAGAGAGUCGAUUCUAUAACGGCGCUUUGGCUGGGCGAAGACAAGUUUCGGCGUGUCUUUGGGUGUCAUCUCAAGGAUAGGAUGCCAGAUUGCACCAGGACCAAGUGCGAGGCAUGUAUGCUUGCUGUGAUUGGUGGCUCUUCGAUAUGUCUUACGGAUCUUCGGGCCAGUGUGUUGGCGAGACAGACGUAUAAUACGGAGCUUAUGGGGCGGGAAUAUAGGAGGCCACGAUUGCUAAGGGUGAUUGACUCGUGGAUAUCCUUUUUUCAGGAGGACUCCCAGAAAGAGAUUUGCGAAUGUAGCAAAGCCAUGGCGAGUGAGAUUGUCGAAAUGCGCACUUUGGCGAGGAAGAAGAGAGAUAAACGAGAUGAGAGACGGAGAAGAAGGGGGAAGCCACCUAGAGGGCGUAGCAAUGUGAGAGUGAGGUUGACGAAAGAAGGGCUACCGAUUCCACGACAGCCGAGACUUCGAAGGCGUGAUAAGGAGAGGCUUGCUAAGAAGACUGAGAAGAUGGAGACGCUGUUGUCACUUCAGGAGACGGUGGUUGAGCAGCAGGAACAGGAGCCGGGAUUUUUUCCCCGUCUUGUUGUGGACAAGGAUUGUGAUUGCACGAGAAUUACAUCUUCAAUUUACUCUUCUCAGAAGGACAAUGGCACUACCGAGAAGAUGAAGGACUCCAAAUCUAAUGGGGUAAAGCAACAACACGACUUUGGGAAAGACACGUCAUUAGACAAAGAUACAUGUGAAAAGGAAGUCGUCGAAGAAGAAUUUUUGGUGCAAGGCCACCGCCAGCUAACCCCUGACGAUGACACAUCUUGUAAAAGCAUCAGCAUACAAGGCAAGCUCAGCUUCGACACAAAAACAACCUCAAGUUGGACAAGCAAAAUCGACGAAGAUUCGCCGCACAUCGUUCAACUGCCCCGCAGCGAAGACAUCUUGACUCGUGAGGACACAGCAUCGAGCGUGUACUCUUGCGACGAGCGUGUCAAAACCACAACGAAGACGACGACGAUGUUUGAAGAAGCGCUUUCGGUGUUUUCUGAGUUUAUGCGUGAAUCAGCCGCCAUAGCGUCGUUGCGGCUGAAUAAUGAGAAUAAGUAUUGUGCCAACAGAGAGAGGGAGACAGAGAGGGAGAAGAGUGAAAAUCACAAGGCGGCGUUGGCGAUGUUGGAAGGGAGAGAACAGGAUGAAGAUGCUGCGUCGUGCUAUGAGACGAUGGGGUGGGGAGGACCUAGCAGGUGAUGGAUGCUAUGCUUGCUUGUAUCGUUGAAGGAUGACGUAUCCGCUCUGGUAUAUUGGCUGUGCUAUAUAUGACAUGGAGAUGUAGGAGUGAUAUAUACACAGAGAGAAGAAAGGCCAAGUGAGGAUAUCUAUAGUCUUUUUUUUUUUUUUUU